GAUACUAGCCCGGCACCUCCUUCUUCAGCGCUGCCACAGGCUCCGGAGCUCCCGUUGCACUGCCGGGUGACAAGGCCGUCUACACCGCGGAGACGUCACCUGAAGACCAGACAUGGAGGUCCAGUUCCUGGAACAUAUCCGGCACUCGUUACUGAUUGACAAAAACAAAGACCUGAUCAUAGACAAGCUGCUGAGUCUCACCAUGGAGAUUAUCUGUCUGCUGACUAGAGAGGAUUUCAUUGUUGUGAGAAAGUCGGGUGACCAGGUGACAGACAUCAGCGGCCCCCCUGUGUCAGACAGAAGCAGCGGCACCCAGAGCCCAAACCCGGAGGCUCCGCCUCAUGCACCAACAGGAGAGAGGAACCGUGACAGGAAUAUCCAGCCACCUACUGAGGUAUAUCACAGAGAGACAGGAAAGGUGCCUGGAAAGUGUAACAAUAUGGAGGUCUCAUUCUCGGUGACAGAGUGGGACUAUUCAGACGAACACAGGGACAUUGUAAUGGACCCUCCGCAGCUGCCUGACUCAGAGGGUGAGUGUAGCUCUAGAAGCCCCCCAGGACGAUGUGAGACCCCUCUGUACUCUGGGGAGUAUAUAAAGGAAGAGAACCGGAUUGUCAUAGAGGAUUAUCAGGAUGAGCCGGAACACAGAAUGUAUCACCCGCAGUGUAAGGAAGAGGAGUAUAUCCAUGAUCCCACCAGCUCCGGUGGAUGCAGCUCUAGAAAUGCCGCAGACCCCUGUGAGACCUCUCUGUACUCUCCAGGCUCUAUAGAGGAAGAGAACAGGACUGUGACACAGGAAUAUCAGGAUGAGCCGGGACACGUGAUAUAUCACCGGCAGUGUAAGGAAGAGGCCAUUCCUGCUGAGAUCAGCCCAGGUGGGUGUAACCCUACACACCCCGCAGACCCAUGUGACACCCCUCUCUAUACUCCGGGGUGUAUGGGAGAAGAGAACAGGAUGAUCAGCCAGGAUUAUCAGGCUGUGCCAGGAGACGGGAUGUGUUACCAGCAAUGUAAAGAAGAGGACGUUCCUGCUGAGAUCAGAUCAGGAACUGAGGCCGGUGUAGAGCUGGAUGCUGGUGAUCAUCGGGGGCUGCAGGAAUUCCUCCCAGAGUCCAGUGCAGGUCCGCACGCCUCCUCACACUAUCCUGAGAAGACGCAUCAGUGCUCGGAGUGUCAGCAAUGUUUCCCUAAUCAUUCAGCCCUCGUCACCCAUCAGCAAUCGCAUAGCGCCAGUAAUCUGUAUAGAUGCUCGGUUUGCAGAAUGCGUUUCAGCUCCAAAAUGGCUCUUACCUCCCACCAGCGAUGUCACACCGAGGACAGGUUGUUUCACUGCUCUUACUGUGGGAAAUCCUUUCAUCAGAGGUCACGUCUCCUGUCACAUAAGAGGACUCACACCGGAGAGAGGCCAUUUUCAUGCCCAGUUUGCGGCAGAUGUUUUGCGGAGAGAUCUGCUCUAGUUACACAUCAGAGGAUUCACUCUGGCGAGAAACCUUUUAAGUGCGCAGAGUGUGGCAAACGUUUUGUCCAGAGAUCCAGCCUUGUCAAGCAUCAGCGCACUCACACCGGGGAGAGGCCAUUUGUGUGUUAUCAGUGCGGCCGCUGCUUUUCCCAGAGCUCAAAUCUUGUUCGACACCAGAGAAUUCAUACGGGGGAAAAUCUUUUGUGUUCUAGGUGAAUAAGCCUUGGGAUACAUCAUGGGACUGGUUUACGCAUCACAAACAUUGUUGUCUGACGUUGCUACUUUUGUCUGCCAAGUGAAUUUUAAUCUGCAUGCCAACUAUCUGGUCUUGGGACUUGCGCAUGCUAAAGGGACUGCAUCCAGUUACAAAUACAUCUAAAAUGCGAAUUGCUGAAAAGAUCACUUUAGGAGCUUGGUUAUCGAUCAUUUAAACCAUUAAUUUAUUUUUCUCUUAAUAUAAUGUUAGGCUACUCUUGCAUUACUUAUAAAAGUGCGAUAUUGAUGCUGUCUUGUUCCAUAUAAUCCUUUUGUGUGUUUCAAUGGGUUGGGUAUGGGUUACCGGUAGUUAGGAUCCUAGCGGUCAGAAUACAACAAUGGCAUCCCAACUCCCCAACUCUUGCGUCCUGCCAACCACAGACUAACCCUAAUAGGCCCUACACACUCGGCGAUGUUCCGCCGAGCUGCCCGACCACCGAUACGGGCGACCCGGCGGUGUGGGGGCAGUGACGGGGGGAGUGAAGUUUCUUCACUCCCCCCGUCACCCGGCUCCGUAGACUUGCAGGCAAAUAUGGACGAUCUCGUCCAUAUUGGCCUGCAUGCACAGCCGACAUGGCACCAGCGAUGAACGAGCGCGGGGACGUGCAUCGUUCAUCGCUGGUGACUCCAUACUGCACGAUAUGAACGGUAUCUCGUUCAUUAAUGAACGAGAUCGUUCAUAUCGUGCAGUGAUAUCGGCAUGUGUGUAGGGCCCUUAAGACUAGUCCUACAUCUAAACAUUGAUUGUCCAAUCUGGCUGGUUGGAAUAAAAAUGUGGUGAUGUAUGGGAGCAAAGGACAAUUGACCAUUUGCUCUGAAAUGCUGGAAAUUGGAAAAUGGUCGUUCAUACAAAUUGUGUAAAUCAAAUAGAUUUAACCAAUUUGUCUGAUUAACCACAUUUUGUUUGCUUUUCAGUGUUUGGAAGCUUUGUCAUUUGCUUUGAUACAUUACCAGAUUUUCGUUCCAACCAGCCAGACUGGACAAUCAAUCUUUAGAUGUAUGGACAGCUUCACCCUCCCACCUGCAGCCUUUCUGUAACCUCUCUCAGCCCCUGGAGCCUAACCCUAUCUUCCCACCCCACUUCCUAUCCCUAACCCUUCCCGACAAACAUGUUCAGGAAUCCAGCGUUGGCAUUCUCACACAUGUCGGGAUUCCAGCACCGGUACUCUGACCCCUGGGAUCCAGUCCGUGGGGAUGCCAACUACGUUCCGUUUGAAUGUUAUUAAUCCAUUGGUUGAAGGGCAUCUAAAAUGGGGGUUUUCCAAAAUUGCAAGUUGAAAGUGCACCUGUUCCGAUUAUAGGAUAACGCCCAAUCUCCACCAUUUUCGAGGAGGUACAAAAAUUAAGUCUUUUGAGAGGAAAUCGGCAUCUCUCCUUCCUAUACCGCAGGGAAUUUCAAGUUAUUGGUCUCUUCCUUCCCUUUUAACGCAUUCAAAUAAUCCAGUCCAGCCAAAGGAGAUCUUUCUUUUUCAUGGGGGUGCAGAGCAAGCGCACUGAUACUCUCAAUCUGCAGUAGUCCACCCACCUAACCUCCUCCUUCCCCAGUCUACCAAACUCUGCUGUCAGGUGUCUGAGCACUACUACUCCAUCUGGGCUCUCAAAUCCAUAACCUACAAGUAAAAAACCCCAAACUUCUAUAACUUGCGACAGUAGUAGAGUACAUUGACAGAACAUUGACACUUGUACGUUUGUAAGCAAGCUUUCAUAGGCUGUGCAACAUUACAUCUAAUUCUGCUAAUGAGUGGAUGCAUUUAGUUAAUAAAAAUAAACUCUUAUGAUG